GUUUAGUGUACAGUGUUGUGUUACGUGUUAGGGUGCGUGGGCGCGCGCGUUCGCGUGUGCGCGCGUAUGUAUGUUUGAGAGAGCGGAAUUAGGUUGGAAUAACGGAGCUACUGCUUGGACUGGAGGCUUUACAUGACUGAUCACCUGCUUUGUGAAUGUAUGGAGGCUUUUCAGCGGGAUUCCCAUCUUCCAGACGUAUUAAAUAGUUUGGGGAUUUGGUGCCAAUCCUAGGAGUUGACUUUUGGUUAGAUUUUUGGUUUAAUUUCCUGCAUUAGAAGCGCUGGUUGGUCGGAUGCCCAACUUGUACCCAAGUUCAAAAGUUGUCCUUUUUUUUUUGGCACAUUUCUGAAUUGAUGAGUGACGUGAAACCGGGCCGCUUCAUCCAGCCGCGACGCGCCGGCGACCCGUAAACGCAGUCGUUCACACGUCCAAAUCUCUGUAUCAUGUCUUUAAGUAGAAGCAUCGAGUGGGAGCACUUUGAGGAGAGGGAAAAGGCAUCACGUUCGGGGCGCGGAAGCGCAGCCGGUUCUCGUGGAGCGUCCCGUGGAAACGGGAACGGAUACGGCUCCGUGGCGAGUCCUGCGCACAGCGCGCACUGCAGCUUCUACCGGGCACGUACGUUGCGCUCACUCGCCGCCGAGAAGAAAGCACGGAAAGUGCGCUUCUACCGCAACGGAGACCGUCACUUCGAGGGCUUGGCGUAUGCCGUGUCCGGGGACCGAUUCCGCUCUCUGGAUGCGCUGCUCAUGGAGCUCACGCGCUCUCUGACGGACAGCGCGAGCUUACCGCAGGGGGUGCGCUGCAUUUAUACUAUAGACGGCGCGAGGAAGGUUACCAGCCUGGAUGAGCUUGUCGAGGGUGAGAGCUACGUCUGUGCCUCCAACGAACCCUUCCGCAAAGUGGACUACACCAAGAAUGUGAACCCCAACUGGUCUGUGAACAUCAGGGCCGGCAUGUCACACUCUCUCUCCUCUUUGCCUCUACUAAAGAAUGAGCUGAGGGAGCGAGAAAACAAGGACUUCAUUCGUCCCAAGCUGGUGACGGUGAUCCGGAGCGGUGUGAAGCCGCGUAAGGCCGUGCGCAUCCUCCUGAACAAGAAGACAGCACACUCGUUCGAGCAAGUGCUCACAGACAUCAGCGAUGCCAUCAAGCUGGAUUCAGGAGUGGUCAAGAGACUCUACACGCUGGAGGGAAAGCAGGUCACUUGUCUGCAGGACUUUUUUGGCGAUCACGACGUGUUCAUUGCGUGUGGUCCGGAGAAGUACCGCUAUGCUCAGGAUGAUUUUGUGUUGGAUCACAGUGGUAAGGCUUGUGCAGCCUUUCUAAAUGAGUGCCGUGUUCUGAAAUCCUCUUGUUCUUCUCGCGCCACUACUCCAGUGAGGUCCAGUGGCAGUAAGAGUCCAGCACGACGCAGCAAAUCUCCUGGAGCAGUGAGGAAAACUUCUUCAUACCUGUCCACUAAUGGACAGAGUCCGGUCAAAUCCCCAGUUAACGGAGUGCUUCCCAACCUGAGUCAAAUUUCCACCCCCAAAUCCACAAAGUCCUGCAACUCAUCCCCCACGAGUCCCCGCAGCAUGCGCAACUUCAAGUUUAGUUGCAACAAGCGGAUCGGGGCCGCCUUCCAUCUUUCUGUGAAGAUUCCAACUCAUCACUCGUCUGCAUCUAAUGUGAGCGUUUCCUCCGAGCAGCAUCAGCCUCAACACUCCGACAGCACCAUCCCUGAGGUUAAUGGAAACAGGAAUCCUACAGCCUCAGCCAUCGUGGAGAAGUACAAAGUGGGAAAAGUUAUCGGCGAUGGGAAUUUCGCCGUGGUAAAGGAAUGUGUUGAACGGUCAACUGGAAAGGAGUUCGCCUUGAAGAUCAUCGAUAAGAAUAAAUGUCGUGGUAAAGAGCACCUGAUUGAGAGCGAGGUGGCCGUACUGAGGCAGGUCAAACACCCCAACAUCAUAAUGCUGAUGGAGGAAGUAGACACGCCGUCUGAGCUGUAUCUCGUCAUGGAGCUAGUCAAGGACGGAGACCUGUUUGACGCCAUCACGUCCUCGACGAAGUACACAGAGAAAGACGCAAGCACCAUGGUGUACAACCUUGCCGCUGCUCUUAAAUACCUGCAUGGGAUGAACAUCGUACACCGAGACAUCAAACCCGAAAACCUGCUGGUGUGUGAGUAUUCGGAUGGCACCAAAUCUCUGAAGCUGGGGGACUUUGGCUUGGCGACGGUGGUAGAAGGUCCGCUGUACACCGUGUGUGGGACUCCCACUUACGUCGCCCCAGAGAUUAUAGCAGAGUUAGGUUAUGGUUUAAAGGUGGACAUCUGGGCAGCAGGUGUGAUUACCUACAUCCUGCUGUGUGGCUUCCCACCUUUCCGGAGUGAGAAUAAUGUGCAGGAAGAACUGUUUGAUCAGAUCCUGCAGGGCCACUUGGACUUCCCCUCUCCGUACUGGGACAACAUCACUGACUUGGCCAAGGAGCUGAUUGGCCAGAUGCUUCGGGUGAACUCUCAGAUGAGGUACACAGCAGAAGAUAUUCUGUGUCACCCCUGGGUCACGGACAAGACAGCUGUGGACAACAACAUGAAGAUGGAGGUGACAGGGAAGCUCAGGAAACACUUUACCUCCGCACAGAAAGAGGGCAACACCACCGCCGGAGUGUCUGUUAUUAUGCUGCAGGCCAAUGAACACAGCUCUAGAUAAAGAAAAGCUGCAGCUCUGCCGUCGUAGUCAGGGGAGCAGCACCGCCCAGCCCCAAGGGGAAGGACAAUUGGGACACAGCCGGUCUGAGAAGAAAUGCCCCUCUGGCUUAUCAGAGGACACCAAAAAUGGACACCCUGGAGCCGCCCCCCUUCAGGCUUUACCCUCCCCCUCGCCCUCCUCCGAAAUCCCUCCUGUCUCUUCGUCCCCGUCCUCUCCUCGGUGUAGUGAAGAACCCAGCGAAGAGCCAGCUUUCAAGCGGGAGGAAUAGACCUGCUUACAACUGGGAGAGGAAGGAAGACUGACCCAAAUAUAUAUCUAUAUUUACAAUACAUGUGUUCGGCUGAUUGAAAUCCAUUCCAGCUUUUUGCUUUUUCUCGAGCGGUGUUUUGCUUUCUUGAAAACAAUCUAUUUGGAAACAAAAGAAGCGAUAUGAAUUUUGCAAAAGCCAUUGAAUGUUUUUUUAAUAUUUAAACUAAAAACCUUGAUUUCAUAGCAUUGAAAUAUAUUACAUCAAAACACAAACAUUUUUCAUACAUAAUUGUACACUCUCGGUCCUUGAGCUGCUCUAACAUUCCUCAUAUUUCAAUCCGUUAUCCGCGCACAGAGGAAUAAAUCCUCAUCCCCAGGUCAGGAAGCUAAGCGGUGGUUCAAUGGCUCCAUGUGUGAACAGUUCAUGCUGUUGGAGGUGGAGUAACAUUGUGGGGAAUGCACACAAUAGUCUUCUUAAUCUGUGUAUCCUUCAUCCCUUCUUCCUCACCACCAAACACAUGCUCAUUUACAGCUGUUGACUGAAACCCUUAUCCAGAACAACUUGCAUUUUUUAAUCUCAUUUUAAACAACUGAACAAUUGAUCAUCAAGGGCCUUGUUCAGGGGCCCAGCAGAGGCACAUUAGUGGACAUGGGAUUCAAACUCACAACGUUCUGAUCAGUAGUGUUUAACGUUCUCUUAACCACUAAGCUGCCACAUCCCCUACUGUACACAUCAUCACACUGUACACGUUUGUAACCGUGAUGUGGAGUGAACACUAAACACUGCUGUGCUGAUCCUGCUUCAGAGCAGAGUUUUAUAACCCCUAUGUGAAAAAGGCGUGCUUCAUAAUCCUGCUUUUAUAUUACAUGUGUGAAACUUUCAUAUUCCUGGUAUUAGAGCCGGUAUUAGAACGACGAUAACCUGGGAUUGAGAGCAUGGUUUAGAACGACGAUAACUUGGGAUUAAAAGCAGUUUUUAGAACGGCGAUAACUUGGGAUUAAGAGCAAGGUUUAGAACAACGAUAUCCUGGGAUUAAAAGCAGUUUUUAGAACGACGAUAACUUGGGAUUAAGAGCAUGGUUUAGAACAACGAUAUCCUGGGAUUAAAAGCAGUUUUUAGAAUGACGAUAACUUGGGAUUAAGAGCAGAGUUUAGAACAACGAUAUCCUGGGAUAAAGAGAAUGGUUUAGAACAACGAUAUCCUGGGAUUAAGAGCAGGGUUUAGAACGACGAUAACCCGGGAUUAAAAGCAAUGUUUAGAACAACGAUAACCUGGGAUUAAGAGCAGGGUUUAGAAUGACGAUAACUUGGGAUUAAGAGCAGGGUUUAGAACAACCAUAUCCUGGGAUUAAGAGCAGGGUUUAAAAUGACGAUAACCUGGGAUUAAAAGCAGUGUUUAGAACAACGAUAAUCUGGGAUUAAGAGCAGGGUUUAGAACAAUGAUAAAAGCAAUGUUUAGAACGACGAUAACCUGGGAUUAAAAGCAGUGUUUAGAACGAUGAUAACCUGGGAUUAAAAGCAGUGUUUAGAACAACAAUAAUUUGGGAUUAAGAGCAUCGUUUAGAAUGACGAUAACCUGGGAUUAAAAGCAGUUUUUAGAACAACGAUAACCUGGGAUUAAAAGCAAUGUUUAGAACAACGAUAACCUGGGAUUAAAAGGAGUGUUUAGAACAACGAUAACUUGGGAUUAAGAGCAUGGUUUAGAAUGACGGUAACCUGGGAUUAAAAGCAGUUUUUAGAAUGAUGAUAACCUGGGAUUUAGAGCAAGGCUUUGAAUGACGAUAACCUGGGAUUAAAAGCAAUGUUUAAAACUACGAUAACCUGGGAUUAAAAGCAGUGUUUAGAACGAUGAUAACCUGGGAUUAAAAGCAGUGUUUAGAACGACGAUAACCUGGGAUUAAAAGCAGUGUUUAGAACAACGAUAACCUGGGAUUAAGAGCAUGGUUUAGAAUGACGGUAACCUGGGAUUAAAAGCAGUUUUUAGAAUGACGAUAACUUGGGAUGAAGAGCAGGGUUUAGAAUGACGAUAACCUGGGAUAAAGAGCAUGGUUUAGAACGAUGAUAACCUGGGAUUAAAAGCAAUGUUUAGAACGACGAUAACCUGGGAUUAAAAGCAAUGUUUAGAACGACGAUAACGGGAUUAAAAGCAAUGUUUAGAACGACGAUAACCUGGAAUUAAAAGCAGUGUUUUGAACAACGAUAACUUGGGAUUAAGAGCAUGGUUUAGAAUGACGAUAUCCUGGGAUAAAGAGCAGGGUUUAAAAUGACGAUAACCUGGGAUUAAAAGCAGUGUUUAUAACAACGAUAACCUGGGAUUAAGAGCAGGGUUUAAAAUGACGAUAACCUGGGAUUAAAAGCAGUGUUUAUAACAACGAUAACCUGGGAUUAAGAGCAGGGUUUAGAAUGAUGAUAACCUGGGAUUAAGAGCAGGGUUUAGAAUGAUGAUAUCCUGGGAUUAAGAGCAGGGUUUAGAAUGAUGAUAUCCUGGGAUUUAGAGCAAGGAUUUGAAUGACGAUAACCUGGGAUUAAUAGCUCCAGGACUGACACUGACUGCUUCACUUACCGAAUAUUAUUUAUUACAUCCAUUAACAUUAAACUUUACCCACAAAUUCCUAAAGUUGAAGUAAUGUUACUAAAGUGAUAGAUCAAAUUAAAGUGAUCUAAUGACAGUCAAAGAUUUUGACACCCUCCACUCACAAUUUCACCUUGUUGAUUAAUCUUUUUUGAUGAAACACCAAAAAAUAUUUCCCCGAUGAUUCACAUUAUUAUUUUGAUUUAUUUUUUCUUUUUUAAUCAAUGAAUGCCUUCGAAGCCGAAGUCGCUUUCUUCAUGAUAAAUAAUGCACUAAAUAACGUCAGGCCAAUUAUUUAAAGGAACCGUAUCAGUAUCAGAUGUUACUGUACCAUACCAUACUCUACAUUCUCUGUUGAAAUGAAAAAAAAAAAAGGCUUCAUUGUGGGAUUUGUAUCUGUGGCCUCCAGCUGUGCUGUCAGCGCUGCACAUCUGUCUGCAGCAUGUCUCCAUUCCCCGGGGGAGUGCGAGAAGUUUUUGUAGUGUGGGUGUGUAUAUAUAUUAAUAUAUAAAACGCCAUGCAGUGUUUGUGUGUUGAAAGACGAGCGUCUGCCUUUAGCAGAUAUGUAAGCCUUUUUUAUUUAUUGUGAAUCGUUGAGCGAGUGUGGUGGGUGUGAUUAUGACUAGUGUGUGUGUGUGUGUUGUGUGUGUGUGUGUGUGUGUGUGUGUGUGUGUGUGUGUGUGUGUGUGUGACUACUAGAAGACUGUACAAGAAGGAAUGAGACUUUUGCUUUUGAAUAAAUGAUGCGAAGGGCUGAUUGUAGGUUAAUAAUAAAAAGGUUAAGUAGGAGGUUAAUUAGGAGGUUAGUGCCUCUCUGCUAUUAGAUGCUGUAAUUCUGCGAUUGUUCUGCUUAAAUACCUUCACGUUGGAAGCAGUGUUAUUUUUUUCCUUGACAUGUUUAGACACUUAAAGACGCCUCUUUAGCUUUUCUUCUUUUCACUCGAGCUUCUUCGCUUCUAUAGAUAAAAAAAGGAAACACCGACGCAUGAUACAUCCUCGGAUCUGAAUAGAAACUCAUAAUCUCUCUCUCUCUCUCGUACAGAAAAACACACGUUCAGCAAUAACUCUUCUUUCUCUCACUACAAUAUUCAGUGUAUUUGUUCUGAUGUUAGAAACCUCACACGCUGCAGCAACAAUCUGUUCCUCAGUACUGUUAAAUCUAUUGCAAAUGCUGUUUUCAGUUUCAUUUCGAUUCCAGGCUUAUUGUGUUGUGUUUUAGUUAAAAGUGGCUUUGUGUUAAGGAGUGAAGGUGAAAUAAAGGAGAAUAAAGUUCUUACCGCG